AUCAAAUCAUAAAUAAAAGAUAAAUUAUUUUUAUUUUUUACCUAUUUGAAGAUUACAUUUUAAUUAUAUUUCUAUUUUAUAUAAUUAUAUAAAUAUAAUUUAAUAUUUUGUGAUCAUUGUAACUUUCUAAAGAUCAUUAAUAUUAAGCGUCGUUAUUUUUACUGUUUAGUAAUAUGGAUCGAAAAACACCCGAAUUGCGACCGGCCAUCAAUGAAUACUUUAAAGACCCGACUCCUUCAGCGAACUUGUUCGAUAAUAUAUCAUCACAUGCUACGACUGAUGCCAAACGAGAAGAGCCAGCUGUUUGUCGUAUAUUCCAACAGAUAGAAAAAAAAACCGAUAUAUUUGAUAUUAUAAACCCUCCUCCAGACAGUAACAGUCACAAUAAUAAUCCGGGAUUUGAAGUUCGAGAAGGUUAGUAGGAAGUAUCUAUAUAGGUAUUGACCACAAAUAUUGUUUGAUUUCUGACUUUCGGGUCUGUGGAAAAAACAUGAAAGUAUCGAAAAACAUAUACCAUUUUAGUUUGGGUACCUAUUUAGAUAAUUACUGUAUUGUCAGAAUUUUGUUAAUAGCAUUCCUCGACCAUUUUCUAAGUCCUAAUAUGGAUUUUAGGUCUAGUAAAAUAAAUAUUGAACAAUUUUUCAUAGAAUUUUUUAAAAUGGAAAAAUCAAACUUGAUUUUUGACAUUUGAUUUGAUUACUUAUCUGUGAGGUUAUACACAUAAAUUAUAUGAUAUUUUGACAUUUUUCUUAGACUCAAAAAUCGGAAAAACUUUUGUUUGUAGGUAUUAUACAAAUUGAAAUCAUUGAGUAUUUUUAUGAGUAACCUAUUAAACAAUUUGAUUUUAAUAUUAACUGUAAUGUUGAUUGUUGAACGAAAAUAUGUUUAAAGAAUAACAAAAUAAUAAUUAUUAUUGACAGCACCUUUUUUAAACACUGGAAAUGAUAGUGUUGAUCCAAUGUCAAUAUUUAUCCACGAGUAUGAAUUAUCUUUUGUGCCGGCGGAAGAUGAAAGGAGACGAUUUGCUUGGAUACCAUCAUCUAAAACGAAAAUGACACUCGAAAAGGCUUCACAAAUGAAUCAUGCAUUACCCAGAGAUAUGUUGACCAUGCCAGGAGUUGAAAAUGUUAAUUUUGUAUGUGUUUAUUGUUAAGAAUAAUUUAUAAUUAUUAUUACCUGUAUGUACAUAGUAUGAAGUUAUUAACUUUUUUUAUAGGCAAAUAAGACGUAUGAAGGUCUUGUAUCAUACCUCGGUGAGGCUGAGGCAGCACCGUUUAAAACCAAAACAAUUGAAGAAGUGACACAAGACGAGCGAGGUCUAAAAAUGUUAAUUGAAGACAGUAAUUAUUCAGAAGCAUUAAAUUUGACAACACGAUUGUUGGCAAUGUAUGGCCAAGGCCCCGGGCAAACGGGUUAUCCGAGUAAACAUACAAAGCACUCUCUUCAGGUAAUGUCUAUUUCUGGUACAAUUAUUGUAUUUGAUACUAAAAAUGGUGUUUUACAUUUUGGAUUUUUUUUUUGUUUAGUUAUGGCUUACUAGAUUUUCAUUAUUAGUGAAAAUUUGUGCGUGUAAGAUUGCAGUCAAGGAAGCUAUGGCUUGGGAUAAUUUAGAUCGACCUGAUCUCUAUAUGCAAUGGUAUAAGGAACUGUAUGGCAACAAAUAUGGUACACUCGUGCCGUUUAGCCUAAGACUUAUAUUGGCAGAAUUACCUCAGUAUGCGACUACAUCAACUAAUAUUUAUAAAAAAUUAUUUGAAGUUCUUUCUGGAGUUAGAAAAGUACUUAUUUGAAUUUUGUAAUUUAAUGUCUAUCUGCAUUUUUUAAUAUUAGCGAUUUCCUUUUUUUUAUUUAGAUUAUAUUAAAUUUAGAAAAUAAUCUCGCUGAAGAUGGACGAUGUGUAGAUUUGACAACUCAAGACCGAAACACUUCAAAAUUGUUAUGGUACUCAAGAGAAGCUAGGGUUAUACAUUCAAUUAUUAAUUGUGCUCUAAAUCAAAAAGUAAAACUAAUUCAAAUUUAGAUUUAAAAAUAAAAAAAGUUUUAAAAUUAAAAUUAUGUACUUUAUUUUUAGGAUUAUAAACUUGCAAUUCAAUUAUUAAAAGAUCUCAUUGAAAAUCCUAGAUUAAAAUAUACAAUCGAUCAUUCCCGAUCACUGUUGUCUGCGAUGGGUCGUAUUUGCUUACAAGUUGGGGACCUCAAAGGGCAUAGUUACUUUCUUAAAUCGUCUCGACUGAAACCUCAAUUGCUGUUAGUAUAUAUUAUGUGUGUUAUAAGUUGGUUGAUUUAAUUUUGUAUUUAAUAAUAUUUAUAGAGGAACAUUGGGUGAAAAUAAAGCUGAUUAUCGUGAAUUAAUAGACGCAGCAUUAUUAGCUAUUGCUCAAAAUAAUUACAAAGAAGCGUAUAAACAUUUUGAAAAUGCAUACAUAAUAGAUUCAAAUAAAGUUAUGGUAAGCAGAGUAAAAACUAUAUUUAUAUUUUCUAAUUUUAUUAUUAAUUAAUAUUCUUUUUGUUUAUUUUUUACAGGCUCUAAAUAACAUGGCUACGUGUUUAUUUUACGAAGGUCAAUUGAAUAAUGCAAUUUCAUUAUUGGAAGAUGCUAUACAGAGAUUCCCAGAGUUGGCAUUAAAUGAGAGUCUCUUAUCCAAUAUCCAUUGUUUUUAUCAAUUUCAAAAUUCUGCGUCUAAUAAACAAAGAUUACUUAAGUAUCAUAUAAUUUCGAAAUAUAAAAAUAGUGUUACGGAUAUAACUAAUUAAGACAAUUAAACUAUUACAUUAAAGUUAUUAAUAAUUAAUUAAUAUAUAUUUUAUUGUAUUCUGUUAAAUUAUAUUAUAAUUUAUUUUUAAAUUUUGGGCUAAGCAAUGAAGUAAGCUAAGUAUUGGUUUUAUUAUGUUUGCUUUUUUUCUAUCUAUAUUCUGUAAGCAACUUGUUUACCAUUUGAUCCAAUCAUUAACUUCAGAGGUGGUUUCUGGAACUAAAAUUUGUCUUGUUUUUGUGCAUAUUAAGGAGGUCAUUUUUGAUUUGUUAAAAAUUUUCAAGUUUCUUAAACUUGGUAAAAAAUGGGGAAAUGUAUACUAUAACUGUUAUUUUUGAUUUUGUUUUUUUGUUACAAUUCAGAAGAAAAUAAUUGUACAAAUCUGAAAUUUUUACUAGUUACCGAUAUUAACAGAUUUUAUACGUGAUAUAAUUUUUAAAAUAAUUUUUGAUUUUUUUUAGAUACUUAUAGUCAUUUGAAAUUGUCUAGUUUUUUGGUUUUAUUUGGAUAAAAUUGUUAUGAGUGUUAUGACACACGAAAAAUACUCGAAAAUGAAUGCGGGGUACAGCUAAUUACCCAUUAUAAUAAUGGUGAAUCAAAAAAUGUGAUUACAACCUGUUGCAUAAUAAUGAGUAAUAAUUAAUAUUAUAAUGGCCAAUAUUUAUUGUACAUUUUUUUUCUCUGAACUUUGAAAAAUUAUAAAAAAAAAUCACAAAUUUAAUGAAAAUAAAAAGUUGAAACAUCAACAUUUUUCAGUAGAGUAAACUAUAAAACUCAAUAAAAAAUCUCUAAAUCUCUCUAAAUAUAUUGAUUCAGAUAUUAGAAUCUUCUAGUUGUUGUAAAGCACUAAAAAUUCUAGGGUAUGUCAAAUGUGUUCGUACUCAGUUUGAACUGCUUACCUCUGUUCAAUUAUCAUACUGUGCCUUGGUUAGCUCUGUGCUUGAAAACAAUUCUGUAUUGUGGAAUCCGUAUAUAUUAGUCAUAGUUAUCUCUUAGUACGCGCACAGUGUAAGUUUUUGUGUUUUGCUGGUCAGGUAUUAAAAAUUGAGAACCAGCCACAUUAUUUUCUAGUUCAUUCUACUCUACACUUAUCUUUGUUGGUUGAUAGAAGAUUACAAGCUAAUUUAACUUUUCUUUCUAAUCUGUCCUGGUUAAAUUGACUCCCUAAAUCUUCUCUCUUCCAUUAAUUUCAAAUUCCCUAAUUUGAUCAUAAAAUUGAUCUGAACUUUUUCACUCUAAUGUUUAAGUCUCACUCUUUUAAUUAAUUUACUGUAUUAUUAUUUAUAUUUUUUGUUAUUUUUGUUGUUCAUUGUGUAUUUUGCUGUUUUGUGUUUUUUUAUUGUAUUCUUUAUGCAAUAUUUCAACUAUGUAUUUAAAUUUUAAAUGUUUGUUGUAAUGUAACCAUUGGGCUACCAACCUGUACUUUCAAUAAAAUAAAAAAAUAAAAUAAUAAAUAUAUGUAAAUUAUACAUGUUAAUACAUGAUUAUGUGUGAUAAGAGGAAAUACAAUUCAAUAGAAAAUAGAAAUUAAUAUUUAAACUUGAUUUUCUCAAUCAAACUGUCUGACCUGAUAAUAAAUCAUGCCCAUGACAGCAAUCUUCAUUGCUGGACUUGUGGUGUUUACUUUUGGGGAUGAGUGAGAUGUGCCGUGCACAAGCUGAUUUUGUGUCACUCCACAGAGCAUUAUAUAAAAUGUUAGUUGUCAGAAUGUGAAUAUCGUGAGAAAAAUUUGUAUGACAAAUUGUUGAUAAGUGAUGUAUUUGAAUAGAUGAGUGACCAUAUGACAAAAUUCCUUCAGAAAAUAUACCCCUAAAUAGUUUUAAUUUGAAAGACUCGUUAUUAUCAAGUCUCUCCAAUUUUAAUAUAAAUAUUAAAAACUUGAAGUAAGGAUAAAUUGGUUUUUAAGAAUUUAAAUUCUAAAAAAAUUGUUUUAAUUAUGAUAUAUAAUGUAUAUUUAUUAUUGUAAAACCACUUUACUAAGUACAUUUGAUAUUAUUAAAUCAUUCAAAAGUUUUAAUUUAAAAACUUAUAUCACUAAUGUUAUUCAUUACUCAUUAAUUGUCAC